GAGCCGGACCUAAAAUCUGCACAAGCAUUCCAUUCGUCACGUCGAGAUUGUCAUUGUGAUUAACAGAGAAAAACGUGUGUAUAGCAAGAUGAAGACUACAUCGAAAAUGGCUAAGCAAGAAACUUGCAAAUCGUUCAAAAUUGGCGAUUUAGUGUUUGCCAAAGUGCGAGGCUUCAAACCAUGGCCGGCAGUGAUUACCCAUGAUGUUGAUAAAAAGAAGCAGUACACUGUGUGCUUUUAUGGCUCGGGAGAGAUCGGCUACAUACUACUGAAAAACCUCGUACCAUACCUCGAGCUCAAGGAAGAGUACUCCACUGAACAUCACAUGAAGCAAGCCGUUUUCCGCAGGGCUAUGAUCGAAAUUGAUGAAGUGGCCGAGAAAGCGGCCACUGAGCAACAAAAAACUGCAAACAACAUAAAGCAAUCACACCCAGCAAACGUCAGUACACCAGUUCAAGAAGACAAUUUAAAAUACAAUUCAAAAUACAAAAUGUUUUCCACACAGAAUAAAGAAAAUAAUAUGAUGUUGGUGUAUGUGCCUCCAUCCAAAGUCUUUGGCAUCGACAUUAACUACAACAAGCCGGAGACAUUUGAAAAUGCCGCUGCGGAGCAGUCCUGGAUGGAUGAGUCGCGCAAAGAGGCCAAUCUACUGAAGCAGCAGUUGUUGUUAGGACAAAAAGAUCCCAGAUCGCUUCCAGGACGUGUCGUCGCUGAACCCUCUUCCAAAGAGACGACCAAGCAGGAAGAAGUGAAACUACAACAGGAGAUCAAAAAACUGGAGGAAGCUAUGUUUAUAGAGCGGGACUUAGUUCAUCUAACCGCAGUGGUCCGCUGCUGCUUGAACCAGCGUCGAGCUAAUGUGGGCCGAUGCUUUACGAACCUGAAGCUAUUAAAAAAAUUGGAUGUGACCAAGCUAAUGCUGCUGCGUAAUCCACAAAGUGUGGAAACGAUUCGUUCGAUGCGACGAUAUUUGGGAAAUUUGAAAGUUUGGAAGAUGGACGCCUCCGCUGAGGCUGCGUUCAUUAAACAGGCCAAAAUCAUCCGUGAAGAGGCCUCGUUCAUCUACGAGCGCUUCCAAACGGUGCUCAACUUAGCUGAGGGGGAAGACUUCUGGCCAGAUUUCUGCAAUGAGGUCAAAAUUUACAAGGCCAUCACUAAAUUCAUCAAACCAAAUCUACGCAUCGCCAUGGACGAGUCCACGUACAACAACCUCGUUGAAGCCACACAAGGGAAUACCCUAGCUCCCGCUAAAGAAUAGGAGAACAAACCAUUCAAUUAAAGCCCAAAAAGACGAAUUCCCAAAGAGCAAACUUCUAUUGCUAACUUCACAAAAUUACCACAACAUACACAUGAAUAUCAAGUUCCUUAUUUGAC